AGGUAGCCAAAGAAGUGAAUGAGAAUUACAGAUACAUCAACCACCUAGUCAAUGCCGCAGGGUAUAUAUAUCCUCGUCGGCGCGGUGGAGGCGACGUCACCAAAAGAAGACUACGACACCUUCAACACUAACGUCUUCGACAUGCUCAAAGUCUCCAAAGCCUUUCUCCCUUACAUCCGCUCUACUCCUGGCCACCGCACCAUCGCAAAUUUCGGCUACAUCGCCUCCUAGCGCGGCGGCACGGGCUUCGCUCUCCACGCCGGCACUAAAUGGGCCCGCUCAGGCAUUUUCGAGGCCAUGCACUACGAGCUCGCGCCACUGGGCAUCUGCGUGACGGUCAUCGAGCCUGGGUAUUUCCGGACGUGGUUCCUGAGUGCUGGCGCUCAGGUUAAGAGUCAGAAGAAGAUUCAGGAGUACGAUGAGACGUCCGUGGGGCAGAUUAGAGAUUUGCUGGAUAAGACGGAUAAUAAUCAACCUGGGGAUGUGGUCAAGGGUUGCAAGGUUCUGAUUGAUAUUCUGAAAAAAACGGCUAUUGUGGAGGGAAAGGAGGUGCCGAUUCGAGUUGCACUAGGCAGCGAUAGCCCGGUUUUCAUUCGUAGGAAGUGUGAGGAAACAAUUACGCUGUUGGACGAGUGGGAUGACAUUCCCAAUGAGACGGAUCAUGAGUAGACGGUCAGCGUAGUCGGAGUCGGUUGUAAAGAUCGAAGGUGAGU